GAGGGGGUCAGGGGGUAUGGGAGGGGUGGGCAUUCUGCUGCUGCUGCUGCUGGCUGGGGCAGGGGUGGAGGUGGCCUGGAGACCCCCAAAAGUAAAAUGCUCUCUGCGCUGCUCCUGCUCCAAAGACAGCGCCCUGUGUGAGGGCUCCCCGGACCUGCCUGAGAACUUCUCCCCCACCCUGCUGUCGCUCUCUCUUGUCAGGAUCGGAGUCACCCAGCUGAAAGCUGGCAGCUUUCUGAGGAUGCCAUCACUGCACCUGCUCCUGUUCACAUCCAACUCUUUCUCCGUGAUUGAGGAUGAUGCAUUUGCAGGCCUGUCCCACCUGCAGUACCUCUUCAUCGAGGACAAUGAGAUCGGCUCCAUCUCUAAGAAUGCUCUCAGAGGACUUCGCUCACUCACACACCUGAGCCUGGCCAAUAACCAUCUAGAGACCCUCCCCAGAUUCCUGUUUCGAGGUCUGGAGACCCUGACUCAUGUGGACCUCCGUGGGAAUCCAUUCCAGUGUGACUGCCGUGUCGUCUGGCUGCUGCAGUGGGUGCCCACCGUGAAUGCCAGCGUGGGCACUGGGGCCUGUGCAGGCCCCGCUGCUCUGGCCCACCAGCAACUCCGCCACCUCGACCCCAAGACGUUCAAGUGCAGAGCCAUAGAGCUGUCCUGGUUCCAGACAGUCGGGGAAUCAGCGCUAGGUGUGGAGCCCUUCUCCUACCAGGGGGAGCCCCAUAUGAUCCUGGCACAGCCCUUCGCUGGCCGCUGCCUUGUCCUCACCUGGGACUACAGCCUGCAGCGCUUCCAACCCAAAGAGGAGCUAUCCGCCCCCUCGGUGGUGUCCUGCAAGCCGCUGGUGCUGGGCCCGCGCCUCUUUGUGCUGGCGGCUCGCCUGUGGGGAGGCUCCCAGCUGUGGGAACAGCCCAGCCCCGGCCUGCGCCUGGCCCUGAUACAGGCUCUGGCCCCGCGGCAGCUGUCACGACCCAAUGAUGCUGAGCUGCUGUGGCUGGAUGGGCAGCCCUGCUUCGUAGUGGCUGACGCCUCCAAGGCGGGCAGCACCACACUGCUGUGCCGAGACGGGUCAGGCUUUUACCCACGCCAGAGCCUGCAUGCCUGGCACCGGGAUACGGACGCCGAGGUCCUUGAGCUGGACGGCCGGCCCCAUCUGCUGCUGGCCUCAGUCUCACAGCGGCCUGUGCUCUUCCACUGGUUUGGUGGCCGCUUUGAGAGGCGGACAGACAUCCCUGAGGCCGAGGACGUCUACGCCACACGCCACUUCCAGGCUGGUGGAGAUGUGUUCCUGUGCCUGACACGCUACAUUGGGGACUCCAUGGUCAUGCGCUGGGACGGCUCCAUGUUUCGCCUGCUGCAGCAACUGCCUUCACGUGGGGCCCACGUCUUCCAGCCACUGCUCAUCGCCAGGGACCAGCUGGCUAUCCUGGGCAGCGACUUCGCCUUCAGCCAUGUCUUCCGCCUUGAGCCAGACAAGAAGCUCCUGGAGCCACUGCAGGAACUGGGCCCGCCAGCCUUGGUCGCUCCUCGUGCAUUUGCCCAUGUCACAAUGGCCGGCAAACACUUCCUUUUCGCUGCCUGCUUCAAGGGCCCCACACAGAUCUACCAGAUUCACGAGCUAGAUCUCAGUGCCUAA